GGUACCGUUUACGAGACUCAGACUUUUGUCUACGUCCGCUGGGGUUGGUUAACAUUUCUGGCCGCCCAGAUUGGACUCGCGCUUGGCUUUUUUGUGUGGACUGUUGCUGCAACGCGUCGUCUUGGGACCCAAGUUUUCAAGAGCUCAAUCCUCGCGGCAUUGUUUGCUCUGCACUCGGAC